UUUGCAUAUAUUGUCGUAACAGUUUCACAAAAUAAUUUAGAUUUUUUUUAAAAUCAUCAUUAUAAGUGACUUCAUGCUGUAAUAUUAAUUUUCCCAACGAUACCAAGUAAACUUACCGGACGAGUUGGAACUGUACAAAGGCACAAGGUGCACUGUGUCAGCUUUCUGAGGACCUUCUUAAAGCGGCGAUCAGAGAAAAUUUGCUGCUACGACUCGGAAAAGAGAGAACGUGUAGUAUUUCAUAGACAUAGACAAGUAUUUCAGAUUAUUCUUUGAGAAGAUUCAAACGGUCUAGUUAAUUCAAGUCACCCUAGUACAGUCCCGUUUUCUUAAAUUACUGCAACAACGCGGCCGGUGUACAUUUUGGUGGGUGGGCAUUCUCCAGCUAGUUAGCUGGCUGGCUGGCUAGCUAGCUGAAGCGGCUAGAUUAGCUCGCUAGCUGACAAACGUGAACUAUUGGUCAACCACUUUCAUAUUCAGCCGUCAUAGCGGCAGAGUCAUUGCUUGGAUUGAAGCUGUGUUUCUGCCAUGGACGGUGACGCUUGUGUUGAAGAGAAGAAUGGCGGAGAUGCUGCUCAGGACAAAGUUAAGAUGGAACCAGCAGCAACAACUCCGCAUAGAUAUACCAAGGAGGAGCUUCUUGAUAUAAAAGAGCUACCAAUCUCCAAUGAAAGGCCAGACUGUCUCUCAGAGAAAUAUGACAGUGAUGGCGUCUGGGACCCUGAGAAGUGGCACGCCUCGCUGUAUCCCACCUCAGGGCGUAAUUCUCCACUGGAAGGUUUUAAGAAGGAAUAUUUGGAGGAUAGAGUUCCACUGAAACGAAGGAUCCCAGAUCCUCGUGAGAGGUUAAAGGAGGAUGACUUGGAUGUCAUACUGAGCCCACAGCGUCGCAGCUUUGGAGGUGGAUGCCAAGGGAACGCUGCGCCCACGCUCCACUCCUCCCGACCCAUCAGCCCACUUGAAAAUAAGGAGAAUGAGACUCUCCAAUUAGGAGGGACGCGAAGAAUUGGAAGUGGUCGCAUCAUUACUGCCCGGGCCUUUGAGAGAGAAGCCCGCCUUGAGAAGGAGAGGGAACGGGAUGUCAGAAACUUCAAAGACAAAAGAUUCAGGAGAGAUUUUGGAGAUAAACGUGUGUUUAGUGAACGGAGAAGGAAUGACUCUUACGCAGAGGAGGAGCCAGAGUGGUUCUCUGGUGGUCCUACGAGCCAGUCUGAGACGAUCGAGCUCAUUGGAUUUGAUGAUAAAAUUCUGGAAGAUGACAGACGCAAGUCCAGGCGCUCAAGGAAGAGGACAGAGUCCGUGAAAGAAGAGUGUAAUGGACAGCUAGUAGAACAAAAUGUGAGUCUGCGAUCUUCAGCCGAUCAGGAAGUUCCCCACGCUGAUGUGCUGCCAGAGCAUUCCACUGGUGACUUUGACUUCAACGAAUUUUUCAAUCUGGAGAAGACCAUGCCAGGAUUGGCGUCGAUGAUAGAGGAUGUUUUAGGGGAAGGGCCUGUAUCAGCUAGCCGCUUCAGUCAAUGGUUCUCCAGUAACUUGAGCCCUUCAGGCAGCUGCUCCAGCAGUCUGAGGUCCACUCCGCAUGAGGAAUUGGAAAAACUAGCAGGGCUUGAAGCCCUUGGCACAUCCUCUGGCCAAGGUCCUGCCCCAUUUUUCACACCCAUUCAAUCAGAGUGCAAGGAGAAGGUGGACAUACUGGAGCUGUUGCACAAGGCUAAAGUAGACCUGAAGCCUCUUCUCUCCAACCUUUCGCUCAACAAGGCUCGGCUACGGGAAAACACUCAUUCUGGAGCAGUGCUGUCCCUGGAGGAGGUGGAAGGAGGAAUGAAGGGCAUGAAACUGGGCUCAGAACCACAAAUGCAAAAGGUAGCGCCUCCACGGAGAGGAAACGGUACGCCCUUCAUGGCUGAGCACUUAGAAGAGGCUUUAACAGGUGGUCCUAGUGCUCGUCCACGGUCGAGUGACACAGACAUGUCAGCCUUUAAUAAACUGGUUAGCAGCAUGAAGGCAAGUGGAACUCUGCCAACUCACCCUAAAACCAACUCAAGCAAUCAACCUUUAGACCAAGCUAUGGUGGCACUGACUGAAGUUCCGAUACCUCCUCAGCAACCGAAAAACAUAUUCCAGGAGCUCUUAGGAGGGCCUGCUCCUAGUCGCUCCCCAGUGCUACUUUGCAACCUUUUGGGCAACUCUGAGGUCUCACUUGCUCCCAACUCUGUACAUGGCCUGCUGCACAAAGGUCCCUCACCACCUCUCUUCCCUCAGAGGUCACUUUCACCAGACUACUUUAACAGUCACUUGCAACAUUCAGCAGGCUUUCCUGUUGGUGCUCAGCCCAUGAUGGCGGAACCAUAUGCUGAGGUUCACAGGUCUAUGAGCCCAGCGUCUGCACCCCAGCACCAGAUGAGGCCGCUCUCGAUGCCAGUGAAUCAUGCAGAUCUCGAAGCCUUAGCAUUUCAACAGGAUCUUGCACUGCAUGCCCAUCACCAGUUCCCGUCUGGAUACAACAGGAUACAACAGGACAAAUCUUUUCGAAAUCGUCCACAGCGUCUUAACCGCUCCCCUGGUCCAGGCCCCCAGCUUGCUGGGAGAAACUCACCAGGCAGUGCUGUCACCAGUAUGUUGUCGCCAUCAUUUACACCUACGUCUGUUAUCCGCAAAAUGUAUGCAACAAAAGAGAAAAGCAAAGAUGAUCCAUCAAGUCGCUCAGAGACCAAAGACGAGGCAGCAGCAUACUCUCAAGAUGAGAACAACUUGCCGAGUUUACACAUGGAAGCGACGGAAGGGAAUGGCACCCAGUCUGGCAGCGUAAAGUCCAGCUCUAAGACUUUGCCAAGCAAGGACCAGGAGCGUCUCAGGCCACAUUCUACCAGACAUCAUACGGCUACCACAGCACCGCCAGGACCACUCUCUUCUUUCCCACGUUCUGUCUACCCAGUACCACUGCUAUCCCACGUACCAAUGGUGCGCCCUCCUCCUCAGCUCCACCCCAAUGUGGUUCAACGAAUGUUUGCACAGGGAAUCCAACCCCAGCAGCUUGGACCAGCGCUGGUCCAAGCAGGUAUAUAUCCACCCCAUGUUGACCUUGCGCAACUUCAAGGCUUGCCCCCUGCAAUACUGGGCCAAACACUGUACCCUCUGAGUGCAACAGCAGGGCACCCGCUUCUACCUCCCAGAGCAAACAGUCAGAUGCAGCUUGCAAUGAUGCAGCAGCAACUUCAACAGAGACAAAUACAUCAGGGCGUCCCAGGUCCACAGUCUCAGAGCCAAGGGCUUCAUCGGAUGAAUGGCCCCCAGCAACACGACAGAAGUCCCCCUCCAGGCCUGGCCAAGUGGUUUGGAUCUGACGUGCUGGAUCAACAACUCCCUUCCAUGCCGGCCAAGGUCAUAAGUGUAGAUGAGUUGGAGUUCCGGCCUUAAGGGACUUGAUGCUGAGGUGGACAGCAAAAUAUAUUUUCCCCUUUCUCUCCCUGAUUGAUGCAUUUAAAUGUGAACUUUAAUUUGAAGCCACAGCACACACCUGGACAGUCUUUUCGACUCCAACCUCAGUCAAAGCUCUUACAGAUUAUGUAAACUGGGCAUUGGAGAUUUGUUACUGCAGCUAAGUGUCUUUUUUUUUUUUUUUUUUUUUUUUUUUUUUGUCCCUCUCUUUUUGUAUUAGACUCUAGAAGUAAAUUUGGAAGUAAGUUAUGUAUAUUCACGAUUGUACAGAUGAUGGGAACUUAUCUUAGUCCCCCUGUAUAUAGCAAUGGUUUCUUUUUCUAGGUAUAGGGGAGGUGAAACUAUCAUGUCAAGUUUAAAUGCUGUUAGACUGUCACUAAAAGCGUGUAGCACUCCUUUUGUAGACUUUAGUUUUCCUCAUGAACUGCACUGAGAGCUACUGCAAGCGAAGGACGGGGCGGUUGGGUGUGUUCUCUUCCCUUGCUGGUGGCUCACUUCCGUAGAUGUGACAAGCAGGAUCAUUUCAAGACUACUCCAAGGGACUGCUGGUUGUGCCUUCUGUGUAUUUUUGUUUUCCUUUGGAACUGUAACCUCUCCCAUCCAAGCUGCCACAAGAGGCAGUCUCACAAUUUCUGGAGGUGUCUGGAUUCAUUUUUUUGUGCUAUUAAGUUAUCAAGCACAAAUAGAAUAAAUAAAUAAAAUGGUGACAAACAAUUUGGAAUAUUAUUUUUGUACGGUAUACCCCCACCAUUGACAUGUAAAUGUAUAAAUGUGCAGGAGUGGUGUGCUUUUAAAGACCUUUUUGCAUGACCUCAGUCAUUUAAAUGGUUAAAAUCAUGCCAGAUAUGUUAAAUUGAAAUGUCACAAAUUUUCAAACUAGAGUAAGGCUUUCCUGUGAAUAGUCUUUCAUGUCAAUGUAUUCUCAGGGAAGUGAAUUGAUUGCAACUGGACUGUUGUGUUUGUCUUUGAAGACAUUUCCCCCUUCAUCUGAGCAGACUUGAUCACUUCAUACGCCUAGGCUAGGACAGCUCUAGCCUAAGUGUUUGUGUGGAAACCCAAGUAUUCAUCUUAUGUCAGAGGCAUGUCACAAUUAGGAAUUGUAUCGCUCUUUUGGGAUGUAAAACUACAAUCAUUAAAUAUGGAGAGAAGUGUCUACCCAUUUUCGUUUGGGUGGACUCCCCAUUGUUAAUUCGGUUGUCGCGAUGGUCGUGGAAGCAUCUAAAGGCCAAAAAUGACUAUUGUCAGAGGCUAAAUUAUAUAAUGUGAAAUAAGGUUUAGUUGGCAGCUUUUAUGCUGGAUGUGACAUUUUUGGAAAAUGUUGAUGCUAGCUAGGUUAAUACUGUCUUGAAUGCAAU